UUCAGUGGUAUUAUAGAAGAAUUUGAUUCCAACUGGAUGCAUUAUUCACAUAGAAUAGGACAUAUCAAGGUAUUAAAUACUGGAGAAAUGGCUUUCAAUUGUUUGGAUAUCAGAUGCCUAUGUAUCUUUCUUAUAUACACAGCAUUUGGCUAUGCUUUGUCUUCGGACACCGAGAUAAAAGUUAAUCCUCCCCGGAAUUUUCAGAUUGUGGAUCCUGGAUAUUUAGGUUAUCUCUAUUUGCAAUGGCAACCACCGCUGUCUCUGGAUGAUUUUAAGGAAUGCACAAUAGAAUAUGAAUUGAAAUACCGAAACAUUGAUAGUGAAAAAUGGAAGACCAUCAUUACUAAGAAUCUACAUUACAAAGACGGAUUUGAUCUUAACAAGGGCAUUGAAGCAAAGAUACACACACUUUUGUCAGGGCAAUGUGCAAAUGGAUCAGAGGUUCAAAGUUCAUGGUCAGAAGCUACUUAUUGGAUAUCACCACAAGGAAAUCUGGAAACUAAAAUUCAGGAUAUGGAUUGCAUAUACUACAACUGGCAAUAUUUACUCUGUUCUUGGAAACCUGGCAGGGGUGUACAUUUUGAUGCCAAUUACAACUUGUUUUACUGGUAUGAGGGCUUGGAUCAUGCAUUACAGUGUGUCAAUUACAUCAAGGCUAAUGGACAAAAUAUUGGAUGCCGGUUUCUAUAUUUGGAGUCAUCAGACUACACAAAUUUCUAUAUCUGUGUUAAUGGAUCAUCAGAAUCCAAGCCUAUCAGAGCCAGCUAUUUCAUUUUUCAACUUCAGAAUCUAGUUAAACCUUUGCCACCAGACUACCUUAGUCUUACUAUGACAAAUUCAUGUGAAAUUAACCUGAAAUGGAGCUUGCCUAGAGGACCAAUUCCAGCAAAGUGUUUCAUUUAUCAAAUUGAAUUCACAGAAGAUGAUACUACCUGGGUGGUAUGAAUACUGCAUUAAUUUGGGAAAAUCAUAAACAUAGACUUUUAAAUGAAAUAGUGAACAUGAGAACCAAAAUAAGUUGCAUCCACAUGAGGAACAGAACAUGACAUGGAUCUCAGUUUAAUUUCCAGAAAGCCAUAUAAUCUAGUGGACAAAAGAAAGAUGUUUGCAGUCUGAAGGCAUAAUCAAUCAUAACAAUUUUAAAGCUACAUAGGACCUUAGAGAUAAUCUAGUUACUUGUUUCUGAUUUUGUGUCAAUAAAUUAUAGUUGCUGCAGGUCUAAAAUAGAUUGUGAAGAGGCC